CUUGCAGCGCAGCGCCGACGCUCAUCUUCCGCUCCUUCCCCCACUCGCGCUCAGGCUCGGUCCCAGGGAUCGGAGCGGCUCCCCCUCGGCGGCGUCCAGCGACGGAGGGGCAGUCCCAGGCUCGGCGGCGGCGGCGGCGGCGGCUCCCUCUCCCGCCUCUCGCCAGUCGCCUCCGUCCUCCGCGCACCGUCCGGCGACCCUGCGCUCCUGAAAAAAGCAGAGCCUGAAGAAACGAUGAUCUAGGGUUCACUGCACAUUUGGGAAUGGAUUACUACAACAUCCUCAAGGUGAAUCGCAAUGCGACCUUGGAGGACCUCAAGAAGUCGUAUCGGCGGCUUGCAAGGACGUGGCAUCCUGACAAGAAUCCGACUGGAGGGGCAGAGGCCGAGGCAAAGUUCAAGCAGAUAACCGAGGCCUAUGAGGUACUAAGUGAUCCAGAGAAGCGUGCAAUUUAUGACCAAUAUGGUGAGGAAGGCUUAAAGGGGAUGCCUCCACCUGGUUCCCAGAGCCGGUCCUCCACAACUGCUGGCCCAAGUGGUCCGAGUAAUUUCCGGUACAAUCCUAGUGACCCAGAUGAUUUCUUUGCUGAGUUCAUGGCAAGCAACAAGACCUACUCCUUCGACCAAGACCGGACGCGAUUCCAACCAAGAUCACAUUGGACUUCAGCAAGGAACAGUAGAAGCGAAGCUCCUUCUGGUUCACGGAAAGAGAGUGGUGCCAGUACAAGCCAUGAAGAAAAGCCACCACCUGUGGAAAAAACAUUACUUUGUACCCUUGAAGAGUUGUACAAUGGAACAAAAAGGAAAAUGAAGAUCACUCGGAAUGUUGCAAAACCAGAUGGAAGAGUAGAAGUUGAAACUGAGGUCUUGGCAGUUGAAGUGUUACCUGGCUGGAAAAAGGGCACCAAGAUUACAUUCCCCAACAAAGGCGAUAAACCGCAUGGCCAGUUAGCACAAGACCUGACCUUUGUCCUCGAUUCAAAGCCCCACGAUGUGUAUAAUCUUGAAGGAAACAACCUUCUUGUAAAGCAGGAGAUCCCUCUGGUAGAUGCCCUCGCUGGGGCAGAGAUAAACCUCAGAACCCUCGAUGGGCGGAAUCUGCCAGUGAGGGUGGAGGAAGUUGUGCGCCCUGGGUACGAAGUUGUGCUGGAGAACGAAGGGUGGCCAAUCAGGAAGGAACCUGGGAAGAAAGGGAAGCUGGUUAUCAAAUUUGAUGUGACCUUCCCGAUGAGGUUAUCGUCAUCACAGCGGACAGCCAUCAGGCGAAUCAUGGGCAGCUAACUGGGGAAGAUAAAGAAAGACAGAGAGGGGGGCAUUGCAUUCUUACAUUAAGAAGAAACAGUGACUAUAUUGGCCCAAUAAUUUAGAUAGAUAACUGAAGUCAAUCACUUAGGCAUUUCCAUGGUUAAUCGCAUAUGACCUAGUUGCUAAUCCUAUACCUAUUUGCUCUGGUUAAUGGAAUAUGACCUAGUUUUUCUUUUCUUUUUUCUUUAUUGUCAUGUGAAUCAGUAGAAAAGGUGAGUGAUUUUGAUUAUAUUGUAAGCAGUUUUUUUCCAUCUGAGUUUCUGGAGUAUGGGAUGAUUUUCUUCAUUGAAAAACUCUCAUUCUCGGGAAAUGAAAGGAAAGAUAGAAAAGACUAGAAAGGAACAUUGAAGCCAAUCUUCAUCUGCAUCUUUCUUCUGUCA